UAAUAUAAAAGUGGUUUGAGUGGUUCGUGGUUCGUGGUUCGCCGUAAUGUUACCCUUGCAUAGACAAUUCAGGGGCGGGCUGUCUUUUACUGUUAUUCUGCUGAUCGCGAAUAUCGUAUUGACCAGCCAGAGGCUCCCAUGCAGCGCAUUGGCAGCGAGCAACAUCGCCAGCGGGACGACGCGCACUGCUCCGGGCAAUGGGAAUCUGAAUUUGCGUCUGGCGCUGCCCCGCACCAGCGCCAGCCAAAUAAACAGCGCGUCUAACGCUGCAAGCUUUAAGCUUGCUGCAAAAACAUUAAACUCAACGCGUAAUGGAAACUUGCGAACGAGAGAACAACAAUUGUUGAGUAUAUUUGAAAUAAUUAUAACAACGCUCGAAGGGAAAUUGAAGCGCAUCGAUAAUCUGGGCAGAUCCGUUGAGGAUUUAAUGGGGCACAUAGAACUACUAGAAAAUCGUGUCACAAAUAAUGUGGAAAAGACAGAAGAGGCGCUGUCGAAACUAAGUAGCCUGGAUUCCAAGCUGUCGAAUGUCGUUUACAUUAUGCCCGAGGUGACUGCAGAGAGUGAACUGAAUAAGCCGAAUCCGAAAAUUUCAGCCACCUACCAAAUCGAUAGUAGGCUGGUCAAAUUGGAUCAGAAAGUCAGCGAUAUUGAUCUGAAACUGGAGGUCUUGAAGACGCAAAUCGAUAACAACUUCCUGCAAGUGGACGAAUUCAAUGCGGAGGCAAGCGAGAAGAAGCCAAUUACCAUGAACAUCGUUGAGAUCACAAAGGCAAUGACUGCCGAGGUAAUGACGCAUGUCUCAAGCGAAGUCAACCAGCUGCGCGACUCCACGGAUAACAUUGACAAGAAGCUGCAAUUUCACAUCAAUAUCGAGUCGGAGAAUAUAGGUCGCAUGCUGCGCAUGAUGAACGACAUUCAUGAUGCUGUCGUGGAUCAUCAUGAACAGCUGAAUGGAUUCAAUGUCACCACAACUGCUUUUCCAGCCAUCAAAUCCAGUAAGAUCGAUGCUCUAGUUAAACAGAUGCGGCCAAUGGUAUCGGUAUCUGAGAAAAUGGACGAAGUCUGGGACGUUGUGGUGGGUACAAAGUCUUCGGUGGAUCAUCUACUGCCCAAGUCGGAUGCGCUGCUAACGCAGACGCAGCGGCAGGAACGUGCAAUUGGCGAAAUCCAUCAGGAUCUGAAAACCAAAACGAAUUUAAUAAUUAAUAACUUGGACAUGGUUGAGAAGCGACUAAAGAAGCAAGAGGAUGAUGUACAAAUACUAGCACAAAGGCCAGUUCCAACGGAGCUGCUAGUUGAUCCAACCAUUGAUCGAUUGGUCGAGUACGAUCCGAACAGGUUUUCUGUGAUUGAUGAAAGUUUGACUGACUUGAAUGAGCCAGCCACAACGCCCACACCCACAGCCCAGUCCACGGCAUAUAACAGCAGUACAACAGCUCUAUAUUCCACUGUGAGCACGUCAACGGGUCAUUCGACCUCAUCGAGCAACACUAUUAACAGCACGUCUAAUGGAACUUCAACCACAUCGGCCACAACUACUGCAUGGAGCUCGACACCUACGAAAUCGGUAUUUCGUAAAGGCGGCAUUAUCUUUCCCAGUGUAAAGAACAAACCUGCUGUCGUCAACAAUACCCUGGCCAGUGAUAUCUAUACUCUAAAGGAUGUCAAGGGAUUCUCUUGUGUAGAUAUCUUAAAUGCUGGCAUGAAACAAUCUGGAGUAUUUUAUCUACAAAUUCGUGGCACAACAUAUUGGUUCUUAAAGGUGUACUGUGAACAGGGAAUUGCGGAUGGUGGAUGGACGGUCAUUCAGCGUCGCGAUGAUUUCGGAGAACCACGAGAAAACUUCAAUCGUGAUUGGGCGGAUUAUAAAAAUGGAUUUGGCGAACCUAAUAAGGAAUUUUGGCUAGGCAACGAAAAUAUUUAUAUGCUAACGAAUAAUGAAGACUACGCACUGCGCGUAGAACUGGAAGAUUUUGAAGGUAACAAGAGAUAUGCUCAGUAUUCACACUUUAAAAUACACUCUGAAGCGGACUAUUACAAGCUAGAAAUUGAUGGAUACGAAGGAAAUGCUGGCGAUUCAUUAAAUGAUCCAUGGUAUGGAUCGAACAAUAGCCCGUUUUCCACGUACAAUAAAGACAAUGAUAGAAGCUCGCUCAACUGUGCAAGCAUGCUGAAGGGCGGUUGGUGGUGGAAGUCCUGCGGACGCGGCUUGAAUGGACUAUAUCUGCAUGAUCCACAAGAUUUAACCGCUCGACAGGGUAUUGUAUGGUUCCGCUGGCGGGGCUGGGAUUAUACUUUAAAGAAGGCCACUAUGAUGAUACGUCCGAGGAUGCCCCAGCCACAGACUAUUACCCUAGGCCCAGUGACUGCGUCUUAGAGUUUCUUUAAUUAUUCUAAAUGUAACGUGAAACGUUUUCUACUGAGAGACAAGAAUUUCUGUUAGGUUAUGAUUGUUCGUCCAUAUAAUAGCAAAUCAUGCGUUAUAGCCAAUUUUAAAUGAAAGAAUUCUCUAAUUUUAACUUGUUACCCUUAAAAAUAAUAACUUAUUUUUAUUAAUUUCAUAUUGUAGCGACAUAAAACUAGAUAAUUAUUUUAAAAUUGUUCAGUGACGUUAUAAGUAUUAUUCUUAAAACGCUGCAAUCAUCCCAUACAAAUUGUAAAUAUAA